GAAUACUUCCGGAAGAAGAGUCAUGCCUUCAGUGGAAGUGAAACUUGUUACACGAAACAUUUUAGUGUUACCUUGACUCAUGUUUCAAACCUCUACUAGAAUGUAGAACUGUGAAAGGUUGAUAAUGUAUCCAUUCAGACACCAGAGAACACCUCCCUCUGUCUAUAUCCAGGGCGACUAUGGGCCUUACAACAAGAGGGAGCUUGAGGCGGCCAGGGCUGAGUUAAUAAGGGAUGUGUAUUCAAUGCCUGGUGCCAUUUUGGACAGAGUGAGGACAAAGUGUGGAAUCAAUCCGAAUUCAUUUGGUGUGUUCAGUGGUUGUGAGCCACAUCCAAGAACAUAUGUGUCUUAUGAAUCCCAAUCCUGUGCCUUGGUUGCUGAGGGAGGCUGGCCAAGCAUCAUUAGGGAGAAUCGAGUUGUUCAAAAUGGUGAUAACAGGGAUGAAAAUGAAAGUCACUCCAGUAAUAGAAGUACACCAACUGGGAGUAUGGACUCGCAAAGAAACACAUCUUAUGUUGAUGAAAUGCCAUCAACAUCAGGAAGUGGAAAACGAAAAGUGGACAUGGUGGAAGGUGAUGAUGAAUUGUUUGAUUUGGAAAGUUUUAAGAAAUUGAAAAAAUGUGAUGACCUUGAUGAAAGUAGUGACGAUGAAGAAAUUGAAGUUUCAGAUACAUGUGACUUUGAUAGCGAUGAAGAUUGUGUUGUAGGCUUUAAAUGUGAUCUGUGCAGAUUCACGUCCACUGAUGCUGGAUUUAUGCGAAGUCACUUAAAGGACAAUCUGCACUUCUCUGCCAGUGAAUAUGAAGGCGUCGUACAAAAUCAAGCCUUCUUGCCAAGGGGGCUUUUGAAACCAAUGACCCACACUUAUGAAGAUGGUAAAUUUCGAAACCUCAUUCCAAUGUGUAGAGCAUGCAAAGAAAUGUUUAUUGACAUCCAUUCAUGCUACAGUCACUCCCAAAAGAUUCACAAGAUGGACAAGCCUCUUUACGGUCUGGGGGUGGUGAGAGCUUUCAAAACGGUCACUUUCUAUCUUCCUCCUCAGUGUCCAGUAUGUGGAAUGGUUUUCAAUGAGCCUUCCCACCUAUAUAACCAUUGCAGAUCAUCUGGACAUGUCCUCUACAAGCCACCAGAAGCCAAUCAGAGAGUGCUGCUCAUUUGCUUUUAUUGCAAACCCCAAUCGAUGUUCACAGACUUUCACAAAUGCCAGGAUCAUCUGUUAUACAAACACGGUACAGGGAAGCAGAGAGUUGCAAUGAAGGUUCUCUAUGUGGAAAUGCCAACUGAGGUAGAGGAGAUGUUACCGAAAGCUGAUAGAAACAGUGGGCUUCCAGCGUGCCCUGGUGUGCCCCUUGGAAAGAAAAAGAAAAAGAAGAAAUCAAAACGCUCCAGAGGAAAAAAUCCUCAAAAUAAUAGGUCUGGGAAGGGUGGCGGAAAGUUUCCAUUCAAGGGGCGUAGGGUAUUUAAUUAUGACCAUAGAUCGACCAAGUGAGAUCAAUUUGUGUGAGCUGAAUUUGUAUGAUUGUGAUGAAAAGCUUGUUUUUACAAAAGGACUUAACAUGCUUAAGCUUGCAGUUGCAAAACAGGUAACAAUUUGCAAGCCUCGACAAUGGAUGUGAGGGAAUGUCUCUAUUCAAGUUACAUAAUCUUAAGAUAGUCUGUAUCUGUGUAUUGUGUAUUGUCUGCAUUCAUAGCUGGGUUUUAGGGCUUCACCUGUUGUAGAAUGAGUAGAAGUAAAGGAUCCUGGGGGUGUGGAUAGCUCAGUUGUCUAAGGUGCUGCAAUUCUCUGUGCUGACUUGCAUCAGGGGAAUGACCAUUUUUAGUCUACUAGUCCUUAUAAUGAUAACAUAUAGCAAAACCCUUAAAAAGGGCAAAUUUCUACUAGUCCUUAUGAUACCUUAACAGUUGGGCAGUUUGAUAACACACACAUGAAAUACUGUUCAAAGUGGCAUUAAACCAACCUCACUCACUCACUCAUUCUUCUUACUCCUGUUGACCCAUGAAGAUCUGGGGUAGAAUAGGUCUUUAGCAACCCAUGCUUGCCGUAAAAGG